AUGUUGAACCAAUGCCUGCACAGGCCUCAAUGCCCAACCACUCCCCAAACCCUCCGGCAACAGCUGCCAGGCAAGCCUUUCCUAAAUGCCGCCCAGUCAUCCCCAAUAUUCAUUUUCUCCCGCCAAAAAUCCGUCAUGACCGGAAAAGGACGUGUCCCCCGGAGGCGGCGGCCGGCCGGCGCCGCCGUGAAGGCCCUGAUGACGCCGACGGCAACCACAGCCGGAAAAAAGACGAGCGUGAAAGCUAUUGUGACGGUGCUGGAGACGGUUGGGGGAGCGCUGUCUCACCUUGGACUGGAUCAUUCUGGACAAGAGAAGCCAACCAUUAGCGCUUAUGCACAUAAGGUUGGGCAGGAGAAGAACGAGAUUCACUAUGAGGCCAAAUUUGAUAUUUCUAGUGAUUUUGGAGAAAUUGGGGCAAUAAUUUUAGAGAAUGAGCACCGAACAGAAAUGUUCGUAAAAGACGUCAAAUUUGAUGGUUUGCCAGCUGGCUCUGUCCAAGUGACGUGCAAUUCAUGGGUUCACUCAAAGUAUGACAACCCUGAAAAUAGAGUGUUUUUCACUGAUGACAAGAAUGAGCUCACAAACCUACGUGGCGACGGCCAAGGCGAGCGCAAGAAAUCCGACAGAAUUUACGACUACGAUGUCUACAACGACCUCGGAGAUCCCGACGCUGAUGAUGACCUGUCACGCCCAGUCCUCGGCGGCCCCCAGCAUCCUUACCCUCGCCGCGGCAGAACUGGCCGCCCAAGAACUAAGAAAGAUCCAUUAAGCGAGACGAGGAGCUCCGAGUUUUACGUCCCUAGAGACGAAGUAUUUUCCGAAGUAAAGCAGGCAACGUUCUCUGCUAAAACCCUGUACUCUGUGCUCCAUGCGCUCGUCCCAUCACUGAAGAGUUCCAUCAUAGACAGCACUCUCGGCUUCCCACACUUCACGGCCAUAGACACUCUAUUCAACGAAGGAUUUCUGCUCCCAGAUAUUCCAACCACUGGAUUUCUGGGGAAUAUGAUACCCAGGCUCGUCAGGUUCAUCAAGGACACCAAAAACAGUGUCCUGCAGUUUGAAACCCCUGAGUUGAUCGACAGAGAUAAGUUUGCAUGGUUUAGGGAUGCUGAGUUUGCGAGACAGACUCUAGCAGGUGUCAAUCCAUGCUGCAUCAAAUUGGUUACGGAAUGGCCACUGAAAAGCGAGCUCGACCCUAAGAUUUAUGGACCCGCUGAAUCGGCAAUCACAACGGAGCUGGUCGAGAAAGAAAUUGGAGGCUUCAUUACAGUGGACGAGGCAUUGAAGCAAAAGAAGCUGUUCAUUUUAGACUACCACGACGUGUUCUUGCCUUACGUGAACAAGGUAAGGGCGCUCGAGGGGACUACUUUUUAUGGAUCGAGGACUUUAUUUUGCUUGAUGCCUGAAGGUGUGUUGAGGCCCGUGGCCAUCGAGCUCGUGAGACCUCCGAUAGACGAGAAGCCCCAGUGGAAGGAGGUUUACGUGCCAUGUUGGAACCCAACUUCCAUCUGGUUAUGGAGGCUGGCUAAGGCCCAUGUUCUGGCUCAUGACUCUGGUUUUCAUCAGUUACGUACUCAUUGUUGCACAGAGCCAUACAUAAUCGCGACAAAUAGACAUCUGAGUGCAAUGCACCCAAUUUACAGACUGCUGCAUCCUCAUUUUCGGUACACGAUGGAGAUUAAUGCUCUGGCUCGUCAGGCCCUCAUCAAUUGCAAUGGUAUCAUCGAGUCCGCAUUCUCCCCGGGCAAGUAUUCCAUAGAAUUGAGCUCCGUCGCCUAUGAUAAGCUAUGGCAGUUUGACCUACAGGCACUACCGGCUGAUUUGAUCAACAGCCUGCACAAGCCUCCCGCCAAGCCUUUCCUCACCGCCGGAGCAAAGUCCGCCCAGCCGUCUCCAACAUUCAUUUUCUCCGGCCAAAAUUUUUUCCCGGCCGUAAAAAAGCACGUGCUCAGGCGGCAGCAUGGCUGGGCUUCCGUGAAAGCCUCACUGUCACCCUCGGCAGUUACUACCGGAAAUACGACGAACGUGAAGGCUGUGGUGACCGUGCUGCAGCCGGUGGGCGGUGUGCUGUCCCACCUGAGCCUUAGCCGUGGGCUCGAUGAUAUAGCUGAUUUGCUAGGCAAAACGCUUCUUAUCGAGCUUUCUUACCUGCCAUCCCAAACUCCGAGUGGGCUGAUAAAACACAGACAGAAAGAGCUGAUCAUCCUACGUGGCGACGGCCAAGGUGAGCGCAAGACCUUCGAGAGGAUUUACGACUACGAUGUCUACAACGAUCUCGGAGAUCCCGACGCCGACGAUGACCUGGCACGCCCCGUCCUCGGCGGCCCCGACCAUCCUUACCCUCGCCGCGGCAGAACUGGCCGCCCAAGAUCUAAACAAGAUCCACUAUCUGAGUCAAAGAGCCCCACAUCCGAUGUGUAUGUGCCUAGAGAUGAAGCAUUUUCCGAAAUAAAGCAGGAACAAUACUCGGCGAAGACCAUGUACUCGGUGCUCCAUAUGCUCAUCCCAUCAGUGAAGACUUCCAUUGUAGACAGCAGCCGAGGCUUCCCCCACUUCACGGCCAUAGACACUCUAUACAACGAAGGUGUUUUGAUACCGGAUAUUACAAGUACAGGUCUGGGGAGUAUGUUACCCAGGGUCGUCAGGUUUAUCGAGGACACCAAAGACACUGUCCUGCAGUUUGAGACACCUGAGUUGAUCGACAGAGAUAAGUUUGCUUGGUUUAGGGAUGCUGAGUUUGCGAGACAAACUCUUGCAGGUCAAAAUCCAUUGUGCAUCAAGUUGGUUACGGAAUGGCCUCUGAAAAGUGAUCUCGACCCUAAGAUCUACGGGCCUGCUGAAUCAGCAAUCACAAAGGAACUGGUAGAGAACGUAAUUGGAGGCCACAUGACAGUUGAUGAGGCAUUGAAGCAAAAGAAGUUGUUCAUUUUAGAUUACCACGACAUUUUCUUGCCUUACGUGAACAAAAUAAGGGAGCUCAAGGGGACUACCUUUUAUGGGUCGAGGACUUUAUUUUUCUUGAUGCCUGGAGGUGUGUUAAGGCCCGUUGCCAUCGAGUUAGUGAGACCACCGGUAGAUGGGAAACCCCAGUGGAAGGAGGUCUACCAGCCAUCUUGGAACCCAACUGCCAUCUGGUUGUGGAGGCUGGCUAAGGCUCACCUGACUAUUGAAGACUACCCUUAUGCAAACGAUGGCCUGCUCUUAUACGACGCCAUCACAGAGUGGGUCACUGAUUACGUCACGCACUACUAUCCCGAACCAAACCUCGUCCAAUCAGACAGCGAGCUCCAAUCAUGGUGGACAGAGAUCCGAACACUGGGCCACAUGGACAAAAAAGACGAGCCCUGGUGGCCCCAGCUGAAAUCUCCACAGGACCUGAUUGGGAUCCUCACGACCAUCAUAUGGGUGGUCUCAGGCCACCAUGCAGCAGUCAACUUUGCCCAAUUCGAUUUUGGCGGCUAUUUUCCCAACAGGCCCACCAUAACCCGAACCCCAAUGCCCACCGAAGACCCAAGUGAGGAAGAUAAGAAGAAGUUUCUAGAAAGGCCCGAGGCAUUUCUUUUGGAUUGCCUUCCUUCGCAAAUGCAGGCGAUGAACGUGCUGGCUGUUCUGGACGUUGUGUCUGCACAUUCGCCCGAUGAGGAGUAUCUCGGGGAGAAAAUCGAGCCGUUUUGGGCGGAGGAUAAAGUGAUAGCCGCGGCUUUUAAGAGGUUUAACGGGCGGAUGAAAGAGAUUGAAGGGAUUAUCGACGGUAGGAAUGCGGAUACGAGGUUGAUGAAUCGGACUGGGGCUGGCGUGGUGCCGUACACGCUCUUGAAGCCGUUUUCGGAACCUGGUGUGACGUUGAGAGGUGUGCCGAACAGCGUCUCGAUUUGA